AUGAGAGUUCUAGACAUGAAGUGUAUUGUCCUUUGCAGCUUUGUUGGGUUCAACGGACUAUUUCAAGCAAUGCUCAAUUUCCUUACGUUUCCAGUUUGCUUGAUGAUGACUUAUUCUGCAUCUCCUGUUGUUCCAAAUGCUACUUAUAUCCUUUCAUGGAAUGUCCCAACUGAAAAAUGUCCCCUGCAUCAUAAUGUAACAAUAGACCUGAGUAUCUACUCUUUUGUAAGAUAUCCUACUAAAAGUGUCACUGGGCAAAAUGUUACAUUGUUUAAUGUGGAUAGUCUUGGUCUAUAUCCUCACAUAAAUAUGAGUACUAAUGAAGAUGUGAAUGGAGGUAUUCCCCAAUGUGGAAAUCUAGCAGCACACUUGCAAAAAGCCAGUAAGAACAUUGAUUAUUACAUAAAAAACGAUUCCGUAGGCUUGGCUGUUAUUGAAUGGGAAAAUUGGAGACCACUCUGGGAUAGAAAUUGGGGUUCAAAAACUAUUUACAAGAACAAAUCUAUUGAGUUGGUUAUAAAAAGCAAUCAGAGUCAUGAUCCAAGUGAUGCUACCAAGAAAGCAAAAACAGAUUUUGAAAAGGCAGCAAAGGAUUUCAUGCUAGAGAUCUUAAAACUGGGAAAAUUAUUAAGACCAAAGAACUAUUGGGGUUUUUACCUUUUCCCUGAUUGUUACAAUCAUCAGUAUAGACAAAACAAAUAUAAUGGAACUUGCUUUGAAAUAGAGAAAAGAAGAAAUAAUCAGCUCAACUGGUUGUGGAAUGAAAGCACUGCUCUUUACCCAUCCAUUUACUUGAGUAAAAGUUUAAGUUCAAAUCCAGGGUCAGCACUCUUUGCCAGAAAUCGGGUCCAGGAAGCCAUUCGGGUCUCUAUAGUGAGAGAUGUUAAAAAUCCACUUCCUGUUUUUGUGUAUGUCCGUCCAGAUUUUACUGAUGCUCCUGGAGAAUUUCUUUCUGAGUUUGACCUUGAGAAUACAAUUGGUGAGAGUGUUGUUCUAGGUGUUUCUGGAACUAUAGUAUGGGGGAGCCUCAAAUUCAGCAAAACUGCACUAAGUUUGAAUUGGUAG